UGAAGGGAUGCAUUUGUAAUAAAGGCUGGAGAGGCAGCGAUUGUAAUGAAGAAAUUGACGAAUGUUCAACAAUUCCACAUAUAUGUGGUUUGAGUAAAAUAUGUUAAAAUCUACAGGGCUCGUACAAAUGUAUCUGUCAAAAUGGAUUUCAACUUCAGGGUGAUGCAUGCACAGAUAUUGAUGAGUGUGUUGACGAAUCACUGAAUGAUUGCCCACAAUCAACAACAAUCUGCCAAAAUGUCUUUGGGAAUUACACAUGCGAGUGCAAAAGUGGAUACAAAAAAAAUAAAAACGGUGAAUGCAAAGAUAUAGACGAAUGUAAAAAUGGCCAUGGAUGCAGCCAAAUAUGUAACAACGUAGAUGGUGGUUACAAUUGCGGUUGCUUCUUUGGUUUUACUUUAAAAAAUGAUCGCAUGACAUGUGAAAAGGUUAGAGAUUCGUGUUCUCUUUUCCCCGAACUGAACUGUACUUAUGGUUGUAAAAUACAACACGACAACCAAGGAGUCUGCUUCUGCGAACAUGGUUAUAAACUUGAUGUGGACAAUAGAACUUGUAUAGACAUAAACGAGUGUGCGUUGAAGUCCUCCUGUGAUCACAAUUGUACAAAUUCGAAUGGAUCGUUUGAAUGUCAAUGUGCUUUUGGAUUUAAGCUGCAAAAUGAUGGCAAAUCAUGUAGAGCUUGCCAUGAUUAUAUGUAUGGAGAACAAUGUUCCGGCGUAUGUCAAUGUGUUUUAAGCAACACAAAGGAAUGUGAUCCUACGACAGGGGAAUGUUUAUGUGAGACAGGAUGGGAAGGGCGUAAUUGUUCACUGGAUGUAGAUGAGUGUAAGGAAAAAAUCAUCGAGUGUGAUACAAACAUGUAUCAAGUUUGUAUAAAUACAGAUGGAGCAGCUCAUUGUGAAUGUCGCUUUGGAGGAUUGAAUAUCACUAGCUGCAAUCACCCAAAGCCUGCGCACAGUACAAAUCAAUCUGAAGUAAAGAUAAAAGCUGAGACCACGUUUGAUAUCAAAAUUAGCCAUAGAGAGUUUUUAGCAGAUAGUGAGAAAUGGCGCAAAGGAUUUGAAACAUCGUUGAUGAAAUUUUACAAAGAAGAGAAUGUUCGAGGAUUAUCGGCUGUUAUCAUUCUAACGAUUCGGCAUAUGGUGGAAAAUCACAAUUUCCGUCAAAAUGGCACCAUUCAAUUUGGAAGUGUCAUAAUAGACUAUGAAAUAAUUGGAUCUAGAAACGAAUCUAAAGAAAUGAAAACAGAUUUAUCAUCUUCAAUGACGAAGUUGUUGACCGGUGAAAAGAAGAUGACCGUUCUUGAUCAAGCACCUGUUAUCAAGGAAAUCAGAGUAAAAGAUCCGGAUGGAACAUCAAUGAAAAAUAUUUCAGUUUCUUCAAAGCCUUGUGCUAUAUUUCACGGUUUUGGUGGAACCUGUCCUGCCGGAGAAAGAUGUGACGAUACAAUAGGAAUAGCAACCUGUUUCCAUAUUCCAUCCUCUUCGACAGAUAUAAGUAACAUGGUGUUGAUUAUGAAAAUCACAGGCGGCAUUCUAGCAUUAUUCAUCAUAUUCAUUUCGGUUUUGGUCGUAUGUUUGUACUGCAGUAAGAGGUCAAAAGGAAAGGAGAGCACUGUUUCUAAGAGUAUGCAUGAUUCCGAACCGAGAGGAAGAGGGACUCCCAAAGACAUUAAUCUUCAUUCAGACACCACAACAGACUAUGAUGUUAUUAAUCCCAAAAAUGAGUAUACCAACGAAAACGAAUAUCUAGAGUUGGCUGAAAUUCCGUUACAUUUUUACGGAAACACAAAUAAUAAAGGUCUUAGUUUAUAUGCCAAUUCCUCAGUGACAAAUGAAUCUGUGUACGAAACGCCUUAUAGCAGACAGAUUCCAAGAAUGCAGGGAUUGAGUUACAAUUCAGGAAAAGUUCGGAGAUAUCAACGAUAUUGAUCGGCGAUGAAUCAAUAUGAAGGCCGGGAAAAGCAAGCUUUGUUCAGUGAAGAUAAAGACAUCUUCAAUAUCUUUUUUU